AAGUGGAAGCAGCUGUCCAGACUACAGCGGAACGUCAUCCUCUUUCUCCUGCUCUUCCUGGUCUUCUGUGGACUUCUGUCCUACCUCCAUGUGGCCGGCCAGUGGAAAGCUCCGAGGGGCAGGUCAGCAGGAGAGCAGAAGAGCCCGCCUGUCCUGCCAGCGCCGCAGAAGGCCGAGGUCAGCCUGGAAGAGGCCGCGGACGUCUUCCCUCAGGAACCCCGAAAGCAUUUCCGACGGGGCCCACCCCACCUGCAGAUUCGCGCCCCCAGCAGAGGCACAAAGGCCGGGCCGCAGGAUGGCGCCCGGCAAAGGGGAGAGGCGCCCGGGAAUGGUCACCGGGGCGAGGCUGUGCAGAGGACUGUCAUCAGCUGGAGGGGCGCUGUGAUUGAGCCUGAGCCGGGCAGCGAACCUCCUUCGAAGACAGCUGAGCCGCCCGCCAGGCCUUCCUUGGCUGAGGCCAGGAUGCAGGACAGACCAGCACCCCCAAACUAUCGCCAGAAGAGGGUGACCGAGGUCUUCCUGCACGCCUGGAAAGGGUACCGCAAGUUCGCCUGGGGCCACGAUGAGCUGAAGCCGCUGUCUAGGUCCUUCAGCGAGUGGUUCGGCCUCGGCCUCACUCUGAUUGACGCCCUGGACACCAUGUGGAUUUUGGGUUUGAAGAAAGAGUUCGAGGAAGCCAGGAAGUGGGUGUCGCAGAAGCUAGACUUUCAGAAGGACGUGGACGUGAGCCUAUUCGAGAGCACGAUCCGGAUCCUGGGCGGGCUCCUGAGCGCUUACCACCUGUCUGGAGACAGCCUCUUCCUGCGGAAAGCCGAAGACUUUGGGAACCGGCUAAUGCCCGCCUUCAAAACGCCCUCCAAGAUCCCGUACUCGGACGUGAACAUUGGCACCGGUGUCGCCCACCCACCGCGCUGGACCUCAGACAGCACGGUGGCCGAGGUGACGAGUAUCCAGCUGGAGUUCCGGGAGCUCUCCCGUCUCACGGGGGACAGAAAGUUCCAGGAGGCUGCGGAGGAGGUGACGAGGCACAUUCACAGCCUGCCGGGGAAGAAGGACGGGCUGGUGCCCAUGUUCAUCAACACCCACAGCGGCCUCUUCACCCACCUGGGCGUGUUCACCCUGGGCGCCCGGGCCGACAGCUACUACGAGUACCUGCUGAAGCAGUGGAUCCAGGGCGGCAAGACCGAGCCACAGUUGCUGGAGGACUACUUGGAGGCCAUCGGGGGGGUCCAGAAGCACCUGCUGCGCCGCUCGGAGCCCCGCAAGCUCACCUUCGUGGGGGAGCUCGCCCACGGCCGCUUCAGCGCCAAGAUGGACCACCUGGUGUGCUUCCUGCCAGGGACACUGGCCCUCGGCGUCCACCACGGCCUGCCUGCCGAGCACCUGGAGCUGGCCCGGGCGCUCAUGGAGACCUGCUACCAGAUGAACCGGCAGAUGGAGACGGGGCUGAGCCCCGAAAUCGCUCACUUCAACCUGUACCCCCAGCCGGGCCGUCAGGACGUGGAAGUCAAGCCGGGGGACAAGCACAACCUGCUGCGGCCCGAGACUGUGGAGAGCCUCUUCUACCUGCACCGCUGCACGGGUGACCCCAAGUACCAGGACUGGGGCUGGGAGCUCCUGCAGAGCUUCGACGCCUACACGCGGGUGCCCUCAGGCGGCUACUCCUCCAUCAACAACGUCCGAGACGCUCAGAGGCCUGAGCCCCGGGACAAGAUGGAGAGCUUCUUCCUGGGGGAGACGCUCAAGUACCUGUACCUGCUGUUCUCGGAUGACCCGGCCCUGCUCAGCCUGGACACCUACGUGUUCAACACUGAGGCCCACCCCCUGCCCAUCUGGACUGCCCCUUAGUGGGCCAGCUCGUGCCGUACCUGCCCUGCCGGGCCAGGGCCCAUGGGGCAGCCCUGCCCUGGAUCCAGGCUCCUCCCAUCUCUGCUGCUACCCAGGAUGGUGGUGUCAGGAGCCAGCAGAGGGCCGUGGGCGUAUGCCAGCCCUGAAGGGAGCUUCGGGGUGGCCCUUGGCCUCUGGCCAGCGGCCAUCUCUCGGGGUCAUGCGGGCCCCCAGAGCCUGGGCUGUCUUAGAGCAGCCCCUAGGGUACGUGCAGCCCCAGAUGACACACCCCAGGGUAGGCUGUGGCGCCAGGGACUGCCCCGACCACGGGCCAGGGGUCUGGGCUCAGGCUGGCACUGCCCACACGUUGGACUCAGGGAUCCCCCGGCUGCCGGUGGGGCUGGGGAAGGGCGCCCAGGUGCCUGGCAGCUGGGCCUUCCGGUGGGAUAAAGUCAGCCUGCCCUGCCAGG